AUGGACCCAGCACACAAUCCCUCACCACUGAAUCGCCUUGAGACAAUUGAGGGCGUUCUGCAGCAACAUGAGGCCAUGAUGACUGCGGCUGCCGCUGAAGCUAGACGAGCUGCUGAGACUCAGGGACAAUCACUAGCAGCUUUAGCUGCACAGAUGCAACAGCUAGCAGCUCAACUAACCCAGCUCCCCUCAUCUGCUGGAUUUGCCUCUUCUUCGGAAGCUUCACCUUCUGCUCCUGCACCUGUACCCGCCUCUUCUCUACCCAGCGAUGCUCCUGAGCCACGGGUGGGAACCCCAGAGCGUUAUGACGGAGAUCGAGAGACUUGCGGCCCCUUCCUCACCAACUGUUCUCUCCUGUUUGCCCUACAGCCCCGCACCUUCGCCACAGAACCGGCAAAGGUAGCAUUUGUCAUUAACCACCUGACAGGCAGAGCUAGACUAUGGGGAACAGCUGAGUGGGAGAGGCGGUCUCGAGCCUGUGCUUCAUUUGACCUGUUUGCUGCUGAGCUUCGGAAGGUUUUUGGGUUUGAGAAUUCUGGUUCUGAUUCGGCAAGGGGACUGAUGGGACUGAAGCAAGGCGAACGAACAGUGGCUGACUAUUCCAUUGAUUUCCGAACCAGAGCCAGCCAAAGUGGUUGGAACAGUGCAGCUCUCCGUGAUGCCUUUCUCCAUGGGUUGGCAGAUUACAUUAAAGAUGAACUGGUUUCACAUGACACCUCCCUCACCUUGGACGGGGUGAUUGACUUGGCCGUCCGCAUUGAUCUUCGUGUUCAGACUCGUCGACGAGAAAAGCGUCAAGGGGGAACCCAACAUACUCGUCCACUUCGCUCCCGUGGGGGUGCUGCUGCAGCCAACUCCACCCCAUUGGGUCAGCAGUUUCAGGAUCCAGAGCCCAUGCAGUUGGGCUGCACCUCUCUCUCCCUGGAAGAGAGAGAGCGUAGACGCAGGUCCAAACUCUGCCUUUAUUGUGGGGCAGCGGGACACUAUAUCUCCGGCUGUCCAGCAAAAGCCAGAGCUCAUCAGUAG